CCAGACGCCAGCGCUGGGCAGGUGGGCUCAGGACGCGUCGCGCGAGAGGGCCCCAGGCAGGCGCAGGAGGUACCAUCCGGAGCCAGAGCUUGGGCUAUAAGGGAAGACCCCGAGAGCUCGCCCCGACGCGAACAGCCGCGUUUGCCUGCGGGAGAGGGCGAGGGAGGAGCCAGCCCUAAGAAACUUCUCCUCCCUCGGGGAGAGGAGGUGCAGUGUCGAACCGUGCGGGCUUCGGGAGAACUUGGAGCUGCUGAGCCUUAGGGUGGCGUUCAAGGCCCCCUCCUACACGCGCGCUGAGCUGAGCUAGCGGCGCCUGGCGAGGAGCAAGCAGCGGUCCUUUCCACGAGGGUCGAGCUGCAGGACCGCAAGCAGCUCGGAAGGCCACUGCCGGGUGCGCAGCCCCUCUGCCCUGCCUACGGCCACCCACUUGAGGGCUGGAGAAGGAGGCAACGUAAGGGACCAGGCGGGUUCUCAGGUUGGUCGACACCUCCAGAGGACCCUCUGAGUCUCCGGGGUCCGUUCCUUCAUUCCCGGAGUCGUCCUCCUCUCACCCGCCCGCCCCCCAGAGCGGAGCUCUAGGCGGGGACACCCCCGUAUUGGACGUCCCCAAACCUCCGUGCACCUGGCUCAACCGGAGUCCCCGGUGUCGGGGCAGGGCAGGGCCGCCGGCGGCGAGCCGGAGCCAGCCCAGCGCCCUGGCCCCGCCGAGCCCUCGGAGCCCACCCAUGGGGCUCCGCGUACCUCCUCGCCCGGCCGUACUCAGCCCAGCUCCGAGCGCUGCGCGCAGGAGGAUCCGUACUCAGUGACCCUGGAACCCCCGCAGACGCCGGGAGACUCGGGGGCAGGAGCGGCAGGCGGUUCCCCGCUUCUCCAGGAGCUCUCAGGCAGCCCUCCAAGCCGUGCUCGGGGCCCGGCCCGCUGUUCCCAGCCCCGAGCCAUGAUGAAGACCUUGUCCAGUGGGAACUGCACGCUCAGUGUGCCUGCCAAGAACUCCUACCGAAUGGUGGUGCUGGGCGCCUCGCGCGUGGGCAAGAGCUCCAUCGUUUCCCGGUUUCUCAAUGGCCGCUUCGAGGACCAGUACACGCCCACCAUCGAGGAUUUUCAUCGAAAGGUGUACAACAUCCACGGGGACAUGUACCAGCUGGACAUCCUGGACACCUCUGGCAACCACCCAUUCCCUGCCAUGCGCAGGCUGUCCAUCCUCACGGGAGAUGUCUUCAUCCUGGUGUUCAGCCUGGAUAGCCGCGAGUCCUUCGACGAGGUCAAGCGCCUCCAGAAGCAGAUCCUGGAGGUCAAGUCCUGCCUGAAGAAUAAGACCAAGGAGGCAGCAGAGCUGCCCAUGGUGAUCUGUGGGAACAAGAAUGACCACAGUGAGCUAUGCCGCCAGGUCACUGCCAUGGAGGCCGAGCUGUUGGUGUCUGGGGAUGAAAACUGCGCCUACUUCGAGGUGUCGGCCAAGAAGAACACGAACGUGAACGAGAUGUUCUAUGUACUGUUCAGCAUGGCCAAGCUGCCCCACGAGAUGAGCCCUGCCCUGCACCAUAAGAUCUCCGUGCAGUACGGUGACGCCUUCCAUCCCCGGCCCUUCUGCAUGCGCCGCACCAAGGUGGCAGGUGCCUAUGGCAUGGUCUCACCCUUUGCCCGCCGCCCCAGUGUCAACAGUGACCUCAAGUACAUCAAGGCCAAGGUCCUACGGGAGGGCCAGGCCCGAGAGAGGGACAAAUGCAGCAUCCAGUGAGAGGCAGGGACAUUGGGGAGGGGACUUGGGCAGUGCCUUAAGGGAGGUGGCUGAGGAUUCCCACUGCCCACAUCCCACGGGGGCCCUAGGCAUGUAAGCUGUGCUCGCUCUCCUGAUUCCUAGCCACCUCCUGUGAGUCCUUAUGUCUGUGGCUCCUUUGUGGUAGGACAGACACGUUUGGGGACGUCAGCCCUCAAGCUGAGACAAGCUUUCAGUAUUGUUAGAGUAGGAGGAAUGCAGAAGGACCACGAGUCUCGCGUCAACACAAGUCACAGGACGAGAACAUCCCAGCCAGAUGUCCCAGCCAGAUUCCCUGGUGGCCUCUGCCCCCUCUGCGUCGUCUCUAUGCUUCUGGAGAAAUGGCCCUCCUGGGUCUUCAACUCCUGCCCUCUGGCCCAGCUGUGUACACCACCCCUCCAGUUUAGCUGCUGGCCACCGUGACAUUGAGCUGAGGG